GGGCACAAAUAAUAGCUCCGUUGAAAAGUUGCCCUGCCCCAGCUGAGGAGGCGACCCGCCGUGGCUGGGAUAAUUGGGGAACAGUGCGGCUGGGCAGAGAGUUUCUUGCGCUGACGAUAGCCAGUGCCACCUGAAGUCGUCCCCACCGAUCGCCCCCCUACCACACGCGCACGGCCUCCUUUCCCCGGCCCACAAACACAGCCGGCUUUCUCACAAACACUCCCGUUUUCAUUUCUCCUUUGCAUCUCCAUCUUAUCUCAUCUACCCGCCAUGCCGGCUUCCUCAAAACGGGACACCCACAGAAGGCGCAGCUCCAGUGUCACUGCAGCCCUCAACCAGAUCCCUUUGAACCAGCAAGGCGAUGGGUAGGCUAUCACCAUCUGAUCCACGCGUCAUCAUGCUCACUCCAAGCAGUAUACGCCCCCUCAGAGUCAAGUCUCAGCCCUCCUUCUCCCCCAUCGUAGCCCCUGGUCUGGGAACCCCCAGCAAAGUGAAAGCCAGGCCGCUAUCCCGGCGAUACGUAUCGGACGGCCUAUGGAACGACGUCAAGACUGGGAAAUGGCUGCUGAUACCCUCAUCGUCGUUCAAGCUCUCCCUUAUCGCCCCCAUUCUCUACCUCCUCCAUGUUGGCCUCGCCUAUGCAGGUAUAGAGGCGUUCCAACCCGGCGGACAGAUCCCCAACGUUGGCGCAAAGUGUCUGUUGCCUUCCAACGAGCAGGAUGGCGGGUACGCAAAGACGUGGUGGGAUGUGGCAUUGCUGGUUCACUACAUCGUGUUUUGGACAUUCGUGAGGCAGUUUAUGACGCUCAAAGUCUUGGCUCCGCUGGCUUUUAAACUGGGCGUGCGGGGAGGCAAGAUAACGCGAUUUACUGAACAGGGAUAUGCCGUCUUUUACUAUGGUAUCUACGUCACGUACGGCCUCUACGUGAUGCGUUCUUUGCCCACUUGGUAUUACAAGACCGAAUACUUUUUCAUCGACUAUCCCCACAAGAUCAUUUCAUUCCGCCUCAAGUUCUACUAUUUGACUCAAUGGGCGUUUUGGACGCAGCAGACGAUCAUUUUGGCGGCAAAGGUGGAAAAGCCGAGGAAGGAUUACAAGGAGCUGGUUUUGCACCACAUUGUGACCAUUUGGCUGAUCUUAUCGAGUUAUAUCGCUCAUUUCACCUACUUUGGCGUGGCCAUCUUCUUUACAAUGGAUACUUCCGACCUCUUCUUCUCUCUCGCUAAAUGCGUCAACUAUGUGUCCGACUUUUGGUCCAUCCCCUUCCUGGUCUGGUUCACAAUCUCCUGGACCUACCUCCGCCACUACCUCAACCUUCUCAUUCUCUACAACCUCCCCACCCAUUACGACCUCAUCCCAGUCGCCGCCCGCUUAAAACUUGACCCUUUCAACGACUCGUAUUUGGACUCUUAUGGGUAUAUGAAGUGGCUGAUCUUCAUCCCGAUCGCGUUAUUGCAGGCGUUGAACCUGUUUUGGUACUUUUUGAUACUGAGGAUUCUGGUGAGGGCGGUAUGGAACUGGGGCGAGGAUGUGAAGGAUGAUCGGUCAGAGGAUGAAGAUGAGGAAGAGGAAGAACUGGAGGAAUUGGCGGGGAAGAAGAAGGAAUGAAGGGAUGGGAUUCCCGGGUUUGUUUGGUUCUUUUACGAGAGCACGAUUGAUGGGGGGUGUUUCGCGUCAAAAGAGAACAGUACAAUGUGUAUAGGCUCAUUUGCAUACCGCCACCUGGGCGGACUGGCAUGCUCUUAUCCCAGUAUCAUGCAUGUCUGCGGGGAGCAGCAACAUAACAGUAAAGAACAAGGCAAGAGCACAAUGCGGGGGUGGCGGCCAGGGUCUUUUUUCUUAUUGUUCUUUUCGCAACUUGCUGCCGUUAUCCGUCCACCUCGUCGUCCCCGGGGGCAAUUCUGCGAGCAUCCAGGAUCAGAAGCAGCGGGACAUGAAGAGGAUUCGUAGACAGGCCAUGCAGGCUGAUUACAAAGAGGCGGGGAUACAGUUGCCAUUGGUGAAACAGGCCACUGCCGUCUUUUGAUACCAGCAAUUAGAGCCUUGGCUUUAGCUUAUUUCCGG